AUGUCCACGUUUGCAAUGUUCCACGACCAGGACUUUGAUCCUGCGUCCUACGUCGACGCUCUAGUGCUGUCCAUGGCACAAAAAGACCCUUAUUCAAAGAAAAGUCUACUGGAAAUCAACAAUAAAUGCUCCAAUUUGGUGGCCCAUCUAGACUACUAUACCGGCCAACUAUCACGAGAAGUCAUAGAAAAAACUGAAACCUUGAAGAAAUCAUCGUCAGCAUUGGUUUCUCACGACACAAACGACUCCUACGACCAAAUAUCACGCCUCCAAUACUACAUAAAUUCGGUUUCAAAUGCCGUUAUCGCACUCAAGGCAGACGUCGAAGUGGUGAAUACGCAAUUGGAAUCUGCUUCGGAUGCAGAUCACGAGAAGAUCCAGAGCUUGAUCAAACUCAAGGAGUGUCGUAGUAACCUCCUUCUGGUGCUCUCGAUUUUCGAGAAAAUUGACGUUGUUACUCGCGAUAGAGCCGACCAGGUGUCCACCAUAACUGUCACUGAUUUUGCCAAGGCUCUUUCACUUCUCCACACCACAAUCACAGCCCAAUUAUCCAAUCCCGCUACACGCACUGAAUCCUUGAAGCAGAACAUAGAAGAUUUGAUCCAACUCCUACCAGUAUUCCACAACAUGCAUCGCUUCUACCCUAUAUAUAAAGAUUUUGUGGGGAAGCUCUCCGGUGAAAGACAAAACUACCCAGAAAUGAACUAG